AACUGCCGCGUGAAAAAAAAAAAAAAAAAAAAAAAAAAAAAAAAAAAACCAACCACGUUAAUGAAGAGAAUCGCCCCUCGCGCGGGCGGGGAGGUUGACGGUUUAAAAUGGCGGCCGCGGAGGGGAGAGCGCGCUGAGGGGAGGCGGGUUGGGGCUUUGGGCCCCGGCCGCUCCGGGGGCAGUUCUCCUGGGGUAGCUGCUGCGGGAGUUGUGUGUCUUUCCUGCCCCCGCUGCAGCCGGGCUUGUGCUCUGGUUGCCGCUGCGAGGGGCCCGGCAGGCCGGCGCGGCGCUUCGCGGGCGCUCCGUCACCUCCCGCCGGUAGCGGUGCCGGGGGAAGCCGCCGCGGUCCGUGCAGCUCCAGGCGCGCUGCGAUGGAGGCAGAGCCUCUUGCCCGCACGGUGCUACGAGGCGAUCUCCACCGGCUGCGCGGGUGCCUGUGAGGGAGCUGUGAGUCGAGCUGGGAAACGUUAGGUACCCUCUUCUACACACAGCGCUCUCUGCAAGUGAUUUAAAAGCUGUGGACCAGAAUUCUGAUUUAGAAGAAUGGCAAGAAACUAAGCUGAUUAACUAGCUUGAUACUUGGAAAACUGCUUCAUUUGGGAGAAAGUGAUGUCAGGAAGAAGUAGCAUACUGCAGUCUGCUCUGCUAACUUCAUGGGAAAAGAGGUUAAGAGGAAACUUUUAAAAGGAAAUAGAGUUUUUCCAGACUGAGGACUGAGGACUUGGCAAGAAACCACAAAAUGUCUCCAGAAUCAAAAAAACUUUUCAACAUAAUUAUUUUGGGAGUCUCAUUUAUGUUUAUAUUCACUGCUUUCCAAACAUGUGGAAAUAUUGCGCAAACUGUUAUUACAAAUUUGAACAGCACAGAUUUUCAUGGCAGUGGCUACACAAGCAUGUCCAUUAUUUAUGGAGUAUUCUCUGCAUCAAAUCUUGUAUCGCCUUCAGUGGUUGCGAUAGUAGGACCUCAACUCGCCAUGGUUGUUAGUGGCAUAUUUUAUAGCCUAUACAUUGCAGUUUUUAUCCAACCUGCUACAUGGGCUUUCUACACGGCUUCUGUUUUUAUUGGCAUUGCAGCUGCUGUACUCUGGACAGCACAGGGAAAUUGCUUGACUGUAAAUUCUGAUGAAAACACCAUUGGAAGGAACAGUGGCAUAUUUUGGGCGCUCUUGCAGUCCAGCUUGUUUUUUGGAAACCUCUACAUAUACUUUGCUUGGCAAGGAAAAACUCACAUAUCAGAGAGCGAUCGCAGAACUGUCUUCAUUGCUCUGACUGUUAUCAGUCUUGUGGGCACAGUUCUGUUCUUUCUGAUUAGGAAACAAGAGGACACAAAAGCUCCAGGGGAGGAAGUUUCUGCUAAUGAAAUCCUGAGGGACAGCUCGUCUGCACAAAACAAAAUGACAAGAGCAGUGGCUGCCUUCAAGAAAUCUAUAAAGCUGAGCUUCACCAAAGAGAUUCUGCUUCUCAGUGUUACAACAGCCUACACAGGUUUGGAAUUAACGUUCUUUUCUGGAGUAUAUGGAACAUGUAUUGGUGCUGUAAAUAGGUUUGGCGGUGAAGAGAAAAGUCUUAUUGGUCUCUCUGGAAUUUUUAUUGGUGUUGGAGAAAUUUUAGGUGGAGGACUGUUUGGUUUACUAAGCAAGAAUAAUCGUUUUGGCAGGAACCCUGUUGUGAUGCUAGGCAUCAUUGUCCAUUUCAUAGCCUUUUAUUUAAUUUUUUUCAACAUGCCAAAUGAUGCUCCUAUUGCUCCUAUGGAAGGAACAGAUGAUGUUGCUUACAUGAUUCCAAGCAAAGAGGUGGCCAUAUUCUGCAGCUUUCUGUUGGGCCUGGGGGACAGCUGCUUUAACACCCAGCUCCUCAGUAUUUUAGGAUUCCUGUAUUCAGAAGACAGUGCUCCUGCCUUUGCCAUUUUUAAGUUUGUUCAGUCCAUCUGUGCUGCAGUUGCAUAUUUCUACAGCAAUUACUUCCUUCUGCAGUGGCAACUCCUGAUCAUGGUGGUUGCGGGCUUCUUCGGAACAAUUACUUUCUUUACAGUGGAGUGGAAAGCAGCAGCAGCAGCAGCUCCUGUUGCCCGUGGCUCAGACUACAGCAGCAUUUGAUCUAGAUACCAUGCCUAGUCCAACAUAAGGAAAAACAUGAGCACAUUUAUUGUGAGGUGACGCGAGAAGGUGAAAAGAUCAAGCUGCUGCAGAGAUGAAGAUGGAGGAAGCUACUACUAAAUCACUGUCAGUCUAAAAGAUUGUGAAACAUGAGAGAAAAAAAAAUGCCAAUUUGAAAGGCUUUUUUCUUGCUUUAAUCAACCGAGCAUGGUAUGCAUGUUCUUAAAAAUCCAGUAUUAGAAAUGGAAGGAAAUGUAGAGAUCUAUGUAUUGAACAACUCUGUUCUGAGAUGUACCUUUCAGAAUGUAAUUGCCUAAUUUAACUCUACCAUGCACUACAGAAUUACAGUUUCAUCUUUUCCCUGUAAAUUAUUUUUCCUAUAUUCUAAUUCUGCAAACACUUGAAUUCUUGUAUUGAAUGAGUGAUAUUUUUAUAAGGUACAUUAUAUCACAGAGUGUGUCUGCACAACUGAGAGAUCAAUUUGUCAUUGACUUUUUCAACAAUUAGAUAUGCAGAAGUAUUUCUGUGGGAAAUGUUGCUGCCUUAUGCUGUAUCACCUAGCUCUUUGUUUCCCAACUGUUUGUUUAUUAAUCUAUUCCAUGUGCUUAAAUUCUCUCAGAUGCAUGGGUUUCUUUGAAGGAAGCGAAUUAGGUUGUAAUGGGACAUGAACGAUUUUACAAGAAUUGGAAGAAGUUACUCCUAGCCAUCUUGAGGAUGUGAUCCUGAGAUCUGUGAAGUACUGAUAAUAGAAAACAGUGUCCUCGUUUGGCAUCACAGAAUUGAGCUGUAUUGGGAUAGCUGCUCCAACUUUCUCAGGGUAAUGCUGUAUGAAGGACCGUAAGACACUGCUUCCCUCUCAGACUCCCAAAUAAUUCUUUGCACUUCAGUUAAAUUUUCAUCAAAAUCUGAGUUGGGAGCAUUGUCUAAGAUAAUUUUUAAAAGUGCAAAUAGACUCAGAAUGUGAAGUGUAAGAAUAAUCUUGCAGUGUUUAUUCUACUGCAUAGUCUAAAAAUACCUGAAACGCUUGACGUAAGUUGUUUCAUUCAUUAUACUUUAGGAAGACUGUAUUGUAAUCUUAUUCUACCAAAUGUGAAAAUAAGGAUACUAGCAUAGUAAACUAUGUUUUAAUCCAAAACUGUUACAGAUUAUAUAAUACAGUGAAUGCAACUCACCUUGA